AUGGCCGAAAGCCAAGUUCCCGUCCAGAAGGACGAACAUCCACUUCUGGCCUCACGCCCGCCAGUCACCGAUCCCAUCACCUACCUUACUAUUAUUGAAUACAACCUGACAGAGGAGAAUCUGCCUGUUCUGCAUGAAGUUCUUCAAGAUGCCGAACUCACUGCGACUAUCGGUUGGGAUCUGAUCCAUUUACUCCUGCCGUUGUUGCCGCUCUCGGAAGACUGUUUGCAAGAUAUCGCUGCAAAGGGCAAUCCUAGAGAGUGUGUCUUGAAGGUGACAGAAGCACUGCGGCUCCUGGAAUUCGAAGAGCCACACGACCACACGGAUGGAGAAGAGGACGAUGCAGAAGCGAGCGAACGCACAAAAGCGGCGGAGGUCGGAAUGGGCGAGUCGAGCACAAGUCCAGCCUUCCAACCAGCCGUAGUGCCACCGCUCCCAGUACUGAAGUUUGAGGUCCUCUUGACUAUACUAGCAACAUUACACCGGAGGGUCAAGACGAAGUAUCCAAGCCGAUUCCUCUCAACUAGCCUCCAGGCCGCGCUGCUCGCAUACAACAGGGCAAACACACAUAUUGAAGACCUUACCCUAUCCGCUGUCAAAUUCGUCAAGACACUUUCCGGCACUAAGCGGCCGCAUCUGCCCUCAAGACGGAGCAGCGGGAACCUGCUACGUGUGAACACCAAUCAAUCGGAGCCAGAUCCGGAGGCGCAGAGCGACGCGCCAACCAAUGAGGAGAAUGACCUUGUUAAUCGCCUACUUCAGUCGUUCCUUACGCACAUCCUAGAGGAGUAUGUUUUGUCGUUGACAUCGGACGACGAUGUUCCAGGUCUGGCAUGGGCAAGCAGGCUGAUGGAGCGGUACGAACCCCAGCGGAUACCUAAUAAGCCCAACUACCAAAAAUACGCAGAUCGAUUUGCAGAUGAUGAGGAUCUGACCUCUAGAGUUGCAAUUCUUGGGCAAAUUGUAGCCUUGAGCCAGGAUUUUGGAUUGAAGUACGAGGAGCUGCUGCGGACUGUGAUGGACACAGAGGACGAGAAAAGAGGCAUUCCAGGGACAGAAGACGAGCCGCCAGCCGCAGCCGCUGAUAUACCACUUUCACGAACAGGAGCCUUGAUUCUUGUUGCCGCGCAAAGCGUCAAACAAGAAUUAUAUGCACCAGCCACACAAAAUCAGUCUUUAUCUAUUGACAUCUUCCCCGGACACGCCACCAUCCUUGGUAACUUUAUCGGCACUCUUGGUCAGCAAACUGUCGGCAUGGAACCUGAGGCACUACUUGAUACAGUUCUUACGUUUGGCCUCAUAGCGCUCCAGCAUAACAACAUUGGCGAGCCAAAAGAUGACGAGUCAUUUGCCCAGUACCUACAGACGAUAUCGCUCAUCUCUGCAAACUCGCCGUCGCCCAGCUUACGUGGCCAUGCACACUACCUCACCACUACUGUGCUGCGCUCCCAUCCCCAUGAUCUGGUUCGCCUAACGUUCAUCCGCGACACAUUAGAACACUGUCCGUACGAGAACCUCAAAGCAAGCGCGGUGUCAUGGUUGAAGGGCGAGACUCUCGAAGCCAACGCCCCACGUCCAGAGUCAGCAGAUGAUGACCACGAAGAGACGAAUAUUUUCGCCACACCUGUCGCGCUAUCUACUGUCGCGCCGUUCUUAUGGCCGGACCUUACAAAACAAUAUGCCGGUGACACUAGUCUAGAAGACUCAUGGAUGCAAUUCCGUCAGGAACUCGGUUUCUAUGUCGCAGCGCUCAACUUCUACUACCUUCUGUUGCAAGCGAAACACUUGCAUGACACUCUUGGUAUCAAAGAACUAAACAAUAGUCACAGCAUCCAGUCACGCUAUUUGGAUGUGCUAAAGCAAACAGCUGCGCGGUUCCAGAAAGAGUUGACAUCGGGCGGCGGUGCACUUGUAGUUGAAGGAGAAGAGGCGCUGGAACAGGCCAAGGCUGAUGUUGGGUUGCUCGAAAAGGUAGUCGAGUGGGUAGAGGGUGGGCUGAAGAAAAUGUAG